GCAGGGUGGCUGAAUCACUUAUCAAAGUUUAAAAAUGGCUGAAUAUUCUGCAGUCGGUGACAAAUUUACUUCACCGGGAUUCAGCCCUACAAAAUAUGUACAAGACUUAGUGCAAAACUCAAGGAACAUCGACAGUGUCCUUGAAGAAAAACAACGAAUAACUAACCUUGCUGACGAAACGAAUAAUCUUCUCAAGAAAAAUGUCUACAAAAACUACAUGCAGUUCAUCGAAACAGCAAAAGAAAUUUCCUAUUUGGAAAGUGAAAUGUACCAACUCAGCCACAUGCUCACAGAGCAACAAAAUGUUAUGCAGUCGCUCUCGAAGCUGUCAGUGACAGAUAGCAAAGGAUCCGACAGUGGUGAACAUGCAAAUGAGAAAAAGGAGGAAGAUCCUCGGAAAAACCUUUCAACGUUGCUGGAACAAGUUGAAGGAUGUACUCACUUGUUGGACGUGAAGGAGAGAUACCUGAUUCGUAGUGGGGAAGUUACCGAACUGGAUCAAGAUUUAAAUGCAUCAAAGAAGAUAUAUGUUGUUCUUCUCACGGAUUCCCUUGUACUUGCUGACUGGUUGCCAAAUAGACGCGGCCCCGUGCAGUACCGGUUUCAGACAUCUUACGAGCUUGACAACCUCGCUGUGGUCAACAUGAAAGAAGACCGCCAGACAAAGAAUUGCUUCAAAAUACUUAUGUUCCCACACACACGUCUAUUUCAGUGUGAAAGUGCAGUUGAAAAGAGAAUGUGGAUGGAAGUUAUUGAACAGGCAAAGCAAACCAAGCUAGCUGCAAAAAUGCUGAAAAGGGAAUCUGCACUUUUGGACCCAAAAGGAAGCUUCCUCAGGGAUGAAACGAAUCCAUUUGAUGAAGAGGAUGGUGAAGACAUGUAUAACAAUGAAGGUGAGGCUGGUAUACCAGAGUGGUUGGUGGAACUUCCCGAAAACCUAGAUGUGUGUGUGGCCGAGAGGGACUUCGAGGCAGCCGUUGCCCUGGUGCUUAAAACCAGAGAGUACUUGCAUCCCAAUGCGAAAGCACUCGAAGAAAUGAAACCCCGCAUUGACCAGAGAGUGAAGAACUUGGUAGAUGUCCUCACUACAGAACUUCACGUGUCCCCCGGGAGGUCACUGCAGGGAGGCCCACGUGCUGCACGGAGAGCUGUUGGACUCCUCAUGCGACUGGGCAAGUCUUCCCAGGCGUGCGAACUGUUCCUCAAGCAUCGCAGCGCCGUCUUGAAAUAUACUAUGCGACAGCAGAAGAUGGAAGGGGCCACAGCCCCGUAUGUUCGAAGACUGUGUGAACUGUUCUUCAGCAGCAUGAUGGACACAGGCAGAGAAUUCAGUCAGGCCUUUGGAAACAGCAAUAGUUGUGCUUCUGCACUUGUGGUCUGGUGCAAGGAGCAACUGCAAGCUUUCGUGAAGCAGUUCUCAAAUCACGUGUUCACAACGCAAGUGCCACUUCCAGUUGCAACCGAGUGCAUUCUGAUUAUCAGGACUCAUUGUGAAAAGCUAUGGAAAAUUGGGCUGGAUCUGUGCUUUGUCCUGGAGAAACUUCUGAAGGAUGAUGUAGAGCGCAUCAUCACAGACUCCAGAGACAAGGCCCUGGAAGCCAUCAAACUGCGAGCGGCUGAAGACAGGUGGCGUCCACAGAACCUCCAGAACAAGGCUGGAAUUCAGAAAUUGGCAGAUGACAUGCUGAACCUUGGGGUCACCAAUAUAAAUGACUACACGUAUGAUGAUGUUUGGGUAUCUCUAACAUCAAACACCAUAGCCUUCUGCAAAACAUUCCUGAAUCUACUGGACGACUUGUACAAGCUCUACACACCGACAACGAGAACACUGAUUUCAGAUUCCAUCAUCGUAACAUUUAAAGCUCAGCUUCGUCACGUCGAUGCCUCCCUCGCAAACAAGAACUUCAGGAGCUCGGUUACACUAAUACAGAAGAAUGCAUCGUUCUUACUCGACGUCCUCUUACCGAUUUCUGAGCAGAGAUGCAACGUAAAAAUCAGCCAGCCACUGACUUUCUGGACAGAACUAAGACAAGAAUUUGCAUCCUGUGCGGGCGAGAAACCCAGUGCCAGAGGCAUUUCAAAGUACUCAGCAACUGCUUAUCUAUAAGAAACUGUAUUCUGUGUAACGUACAUGUGUAGAACGUCUUUUGCAGCAGCCAGCGUUUCAUUCUUAUUUAAAUAAAGUUGCGUUAGUGUUGCACAGUAGCUAAAAUUUUGAUGCAGGAUUUGUUAUUCUGAUCAUUUAUGUGGCUGCCACUCCAAAAUUUCAUGUAGCGCAUUGGAGUUCGGUAGUAAAAUAAAUAAACACAAAUUAAUUAAAGUCA